UAACGAUGUUACUGUUCAAAGCACCUUCCCGGGAUACUCUACAGGUGUCGAAAAACAGGUCGAAAACAGUGUUACUCGUUUUAGUGAGGUAAUUAGAAAUUUUGUGGGUGUAAUUCUUGUCCUUAUAUCCCAAAGCGUCAUUCUGAACAAGGAGUACAUUCAGUUUUCAGUAUGUUUUGGUGAAAACAGGGCACAUGUUGGUUAACACAGGACACCGAAACAUCUUGUAAAUGGACACUUUUGGGGCCAGAACAAGUGUCUGGCAGUUAGGAGAGGUGUCUGCUUUUUGUUUAUCGGUUACAAUUGUCUUGUUCGCAAGUGGCUAGGACCACGAUACUUAAGUGUCCGUUAGCAGAGGUUCAAAUACAACUGUAUAUUACUUUCGGGUUACUAGAAAAAACGACUUGUUCAUUCAAAGCAGGUUCAACAGGAAGUUCUCUGCAGGUAGUCGACAAGUGGUUUCAUUGAAAUUACCUAAUUUGAAAGCUUUAACAGACUUCGAGCUCUAAGGGAGGAACCAGUUUCUGACUUGCCACCACAACGCAAACAGCUGAACCAAGAAAAAAGAUGAAGGCGCUACUGUUGGGGGUGUUGGUGUUUGUAUCGUGUGUGCUUGCUCAUCCACGCGUUGAAAAGCUGACAGAUCGCACGGGGCAGGAACCUGCAAGGACACAACCUUCUGCAGGCCACGUGCCUUUGAUCCGACACAAUUCAAGGGUUGGUCCUGAAUCUUACCAGAAUAGCACCAAGGCCCCUAAAAGGGAAGAAAUUUUUGCGUCAAGAGAUGCGCGUGCCUCCAAGCGUGGUGCAUUUGCUGCGCUGCUGGCUGACCCCAAGGUUCAAGAAGCAGUAGUUGAUAAAGGAAUCGAAGUGGCAGGAAAGUUGGUGGACAAACAACUGCAGAUCAUCGAUGACGCCCAGCAAAAGGCUGCAGAUUUUCUGAAGAAAGAGAUUAAGCUAGACAUUACACCCGACAAAGGAUGGGAAAGCGAAGAUAUGUUUGUACCCCCUGGAUAUCACAUCGGCGCAAGCGUUACAGGAGGGGACAAAUCUCCAAAAGAAGUAGGAGAAAUUCCUUACGUCUUUCCCGCAGGCCUUGGGACCGCGUUGAUGAACGGUUGCUGGGGAACUGAUUACAAGGAGACAGAUCCUUGUUAUUCAGCUAAAUGGAAGUCAAGCGUCUGCCAGGAUAUGAUCGAUGGAGCAGCUUUUAUGGGAGUCGGGUUCGAUGCCCGAGGAAAGUACAGUCCGGAGUCCAGAAAAAUUAGCAUUGUACAGAGGAACUGCGCUAACAAGGCAACGUAUGAUGGCCUGGAUGUUCCUGACACCAUGAACGUCCACGGUAUUUACGACACUUCUGCUUCAAUGAUGACUUAUGAGAGUCGUGAGGAAUAUCAGAAACAGUUACAGCAAGAGGCAGGCGUCUCUGGCUCCUACUUUGGUUUCUCUGCUGGAGUGAAAGAGGCCUGGGGAGAGUCUACAGCCUCCUCACGUCAAAAGUAUAUGGCAGUGAUGGAUGUUGACGUUGAUCGAUAUGAAAUCUUCAUGGAUGAAGUGAAGCCGCAAGAUCUAAGUAUGUCAUUCCUGCGAGAGUUCAUGAGUCUACCAACGUCCUACUUUUCAGCAGGCGGACCUUUAAAAUUCCAAAACUAUAUUCAACGCUGGGGAACUCACUUUAUUAAAUCCGCAAAGUUUGGAGGUCAAUUGGAGAUCCGUAAGACAAUGGACGCUGAAGAAGCUAAAAGCAAAAAGGAAUUUGAAAUUCAAAUGGAAAUGGAAUUUAAGACAUUGUUUGCCAGUGUUGGAGCCAAGGCGUCUGCACAGGAAGGCGAGAGCAGCAGAAAACAAUCGAAGACCACAUCGACUUCAGUGGUAGCUCACGGAGGAAGUCAGGACAUUGCAUCUAUUCUGUCAGAUGUGUACUCACCAACUUUCAAGACGGAAUUCAAAGAAUGGCUCAAGACAAUUCCAACCUAUCCAAAGGCUUUUAGGUUCCAAAUGGGCUCCAUUACGGACCUUCUUAAUUUCCGUGCAAACGACUUGUUCCAAGAGGAGACUGUGAACUGGGGCUGUGAAGGGAAUGCCGCUCAUUUACAGACUGAAGAGAAGGAAGGCAAAACCCUCAAGUACUAUGAAGUUACAGACACUGAUGGAAAAACGACGAGAUAUUACUGUAAAUAUGACAGUCGCCAAGCACUGGAAGAUGCCAUUCAAAUGCGCAGGAGGAGCUUAAAGAGAGCUAUUGAAAUCUACAUGGAAGAGGGUGCAAUGUCCAUCUCAGAUAUUGAGUUGAAUGCAUGCACGAAAAAGGAUCAAUCAUUCAACGACAAUCCACGAAGCCAUUUCUGGCGCCGUAAGGACAUUCCAUCGUGGGGAACAAUUACCAAGCACAGCAAAGAGUUCAAGGUUUCUUUCGACAUGUUAGACAAUCUGCCAAAUGCCUACCGUGAAGGGCUCGACAUCGGGCACGACAUGAAUAGGCUUGUGCGAUACUACAAGAAGAAGUGGUACACUAGUGACCGAGACGGUUCAUUCCACUUGUACGGCGGGUUCGACAAUGGGAAUAGUGGCAACACGUCCCAAAGGAAAAUCUCAAUCCUUGGUCUUGUGCUCACUUUUCGGGAGGCUGACGGAAGUCUCGUUCUUUCCAAAAGUGACUUCAAGGCGAGCAAGAAGUUCUUCCCAACUCUUUCUGAAGAAUUGAUGGGAACUGAGUUAGCCCGAGUGGAUAUACCAUCUGAGAAAUCCGACAAGAGAACAACAGAGGCAGCCGAACCUCAGCCAACGUCAGGGCAGCCUUGCCAAAUUAAAUGGUCCAAUGCUCUUCGGUUUGAUCCGACGGACACCAAUGGCAAGUGCUUGCAUUUCACCGCUUCAACGGCGGGAAUUAUCUAUGUUGUGUUUGCAGCUUUACCUAAGGAUUCAGACACGCGGUAUUAUGUGGAAAUAUCUCCAGAAAGGGUUGCUAUUCUCAAGGGUACUACUUUAAAGACAUCUACGACGAAUUCCAACGCCCGGGCCCUCGGUGACGCUUCCCUUUACCAGUCAUACUUUGUAUGCAUUACGGAGUCUGAACAGAGCACACUUAUUGAGUAUGGGAAAAGUCUGGGGACCUCAGACAGCGGAGAUAUCUAUCUGAACAUGAUUGAUAUUGAGGAUCCUAUUAAUGCACGUUUCUAUGCGUUCGGUAACGAUGAAAACCCCGCUAAGGUGAUGGAUGCUCAUCUAGUUUCGCGUCAACUAACGAGAGCAGAAUGCAAAGGAGAUACCGUCAGGGACAUGGAAACAAAUCUCUGCGUUCAGAAAUGUCAUAAAGAUUGCGAUCCCUUAGCUGGUUGCAAAUCCUCUGCCGACAGCCCUGACUUAUCCGAUGGAUGUAACGCUUGCAGAGUUGCUCUUGAUGUUGAGAACAGUAAAUGCAUUCCUGAAUGUCCAGAACACAAAACACUGACCAAGGACAAGAAGUGUGUCCCAACAUUUGAUGCAAGAGACACAGUGGAGUUUUACAACUUCCCUUCCAUAUCGGAAUUUACAAUGUGUUUUUGGAUUAAGCUGGACGAGUCAUGGACGGGUGGAAACCCAAUCCCUCUCUAUUAUCGUCAGAAAGACACACAGAUAGUGAUUUUAUUGUAUCUAGAAAGUGGAGAAAUUCAGUUUGUGUUUCAAGUGACACCAGAAUUUCAACAAGGCCAUGAAGACCAACGGAUGACGCUAAACCAGCUAAGGGACUACCGGUGGCAUCAAAUUUGCGCGACUUGGUCUGGUUUUAAUGGAGUAGUCCGCUAUUAUUUAGACGCGACGGAAAUUUUAUCAGACAGAAACCCAACCAGAGGAGAACUUCGAGGAGGGCAAAAAUUGAGUAUCGGCGGCGGCCAAUACCUGUUGACAGAAUUCAAUGUGUGGAAUCGAGUCCUUAGUGAGCAAGACAUAGCAAACAACGCAAAGAAGUGCGACGGAGGGAAAGGAAACGUGAUACAAUGGCACCAAGGAUUUGAAUACCUAACUACUAAUAAGAAAACGUACAACAGCCCUUCCGUCUGUGAAGCUCCAGCCAAAGUAGCCGCCGCGGAAGCAGUCACACCUCCGACCAAUGAAGGUUCCGGUUAAUUAAAGUAAAAUAUAUUCUAUAUCUCACUCAAAGAGCGUAAUUAUCUGACCUCCAGCUAAUAGCAACUGUGAAACGGCACAAAAUGUCUUCCAUUGAACCAAUAAAGUUGUUUCUGGGUCAA